UUCGCCUCCCCGGAGUUCCAAAUCCCGUCGAACAGUUGAUCUCGCGAGGAGCCGGUUGUCCGAUUCUGACGGGAAAAUCCACCCGGUGAGCAAGCUGGGCCUCCGGGAGAGAGUGCAACACCGCCGCCAACAUGAGCAUCCUACAGAAAAUCUCCGAGAUUGAGGCCGAGAUGGCCCGGACACAGAAGAACAAAGCAACAGCUCACCAUUUGGGGCUUCUGAAAGCUCGUCUGGCCAAACUACGGCGAGAACUUAUCACCCCUAAGGGUGGAGGUGGAGGAGGACCUGGUGAAGGAUUUGACGUUGCAAAGACUGGAGAUGCCCGGAUUGGGUUUGUGGGCUUUCCUUCUGUUGGAAAAUCGACAUUACUGAGUAACCUGGCUGGAGUAUACUCUGAGGUUGCAGCCUAUGAGUUUACCACCUUGACCACGGUACCGGGCGUGAUUCGCUAUAAAGGAGCUAAGAUACAGCUGCUAGAUCUUCCUGGUAUCAUUGAGGGAGCUAAAGAUGGUAAAGGCCGAGGGCGUCAAGUUAUUGCUGUGGCUCGUACCUGCAAUCUGAUCCUUAUUGUACUGGACGUGCUGAAACCGCUGGCACACAAGAAAAUAAUUGAGAAUGAGGUGGAAGGGUUUGGAAUCCGGCUUAACAAGCAGCCGCCCAACAUUGGAUUCAGAAAGAAGGACAAAGGAGGCAUUAACCUGACGUCGACGUGUGUGCAGAGCGAGUUGGACAUGGAUACUGUUAAAAGUAUCCUUGCUGAAUACAAAAUCCACAAUGCAGAUAUCACAUUACGCAGCGAUUCAACAGCAGAUGAUCUAAUUGAUGUGGUUGAGGGUAAUCGGGUAUAUAUCCCAUGUAUUUAUGUUCUAAACAAAAUUGACCAGAUCUCUUUGGAGGAACUGGAUGUCAUUUACAAAAUACCGCACUGUGUGCCAAUCUCUGCACACCACCGCUGGAACUUUGAUGAUCUACUGGAAAAAUUAUGGGAUUACUUGCAACUUGUACGGAUUUACACCAAACCCAAGGGACAGUUACCUGACUACAGUUCCCCAGUCGUGUUACCACAUCGAAAAACUACAGUCGAGGAUUUCUGCAUGAAAAUCCACAAAAACCUAAUUAAAGAAUUCAAAUAUGCUUUGGUGUGGGGUUCCUCUGUGAAAUAUAACCCACAGAAGGUUGGCAAGGACCAUGUGCUGGAAGAUGAGGAUGUAAUUCAGAUAGUCAAGAAGUAAAAUGGGAAAUUUCCAUCAUUGGCUCGAAGCUCCUUUCUCCUGUUUCCCUAUUGGUGCCAAACUCCAUCAUACCAUGCUUGAUAAACUUCUAGUCACUGCAAGAAUUUGAAUGAGAACCUGUUUGAUUAAACUGCAGAGAUAUUGUUUCGUCCAAAAUGGUUGCAAAAGGGGACAUGAGAAUCUUGUGUUUAAACAUGCAGUUGCUAUGGUAUAAUUUAGCUAAUAAAGACAGACAUAUUCUGAGGAACAGAAUUGAACAUCA